UAAAUUUAAAAACUACAUAAAUAUUUACUUAAAGACUUCAUUUUAAAAUAAAUAUCUGUUGGGAAUGUCAAGGGGGAUAGUACAAAAAGAACAUGAUUAUAUUUCUGAUAAUAAUGUUGAUAAAAACAGUGAAUUAUUUAAAGAUUCAUUUAUAAAUUGGGAAGAAAUAUUUUUGAGGUUGCCAAGCAUAGAAACAUAUGUAGAAAAAAAUGUUGAAAGUAGAUUAACAGGUGGUGCUGAUAAUGAGGUCAAUGAAAUUUUGGAUCAUGAAGAGCCUUUGAUUAUUGAAACACCAGAUGAACAAAUUGAUGGAAAUGAAAAAUUGGAAAAGACAAUUGAACGUGUAUUUGAAAAUUUGAAGGAUGCAACUGGUGCCUUGGAAAAUAUUGAAAAAAAUCAUGAGCAAGAAUUAAAGUUGAUGCUUGAAGAAAUAACAACAAAAAUAAAAACUUGGAAAGGUGAUGUUCAAUUAAAGAUAGAUGCUGCAGGGACAGAAUUGAGUAAAAUUAAAAUUCAACUAUUAAAUCAAGUGUCUGAAGUUAAAGCCAAGGACCGUGAACUGUUAAAUUUAAAAAAUAAAAUAAAACAAGCUGAAGAAAGUAAAAUUGCAUAUGAAAAAUCUACAAAUACAGCAAACAAUUCCAAGGCACUUGGUAUUCAGACAAUAACAUCAUCUCAGGUAUUCCAAAAAGCUCCCCAACAAUCACAACAACAAGUACAAAGUUUUGCUGAAUUUAAAAGAAUGAAUCCAUCACUUAUUUUUUCUCUUCAAUCAAGUGAUCAUCAAAAUAAACAAACACUUGGUGUUCCAACAACUCUGGGAGUCAAUCAAAGUCAAUUGAGAAUGAUAAAAGAUCAAGAACAAAAUAAAAAACAAGCAGAGUUGGAAGCUGAAUGUCAAAGAUUAAAAAAUGAAAAUGAAAGAAUACUCAAAGAACAUGCUGAGUAUGAAAAUGAAAUUCAACAAGCUUUAUUACGUGGUGUAUCAUGUUUAAAUGUUGAGGCUUUAAAAAUAUUAGGAAAAUCACCAUUUUCAUGUUGUGUUUCUUGUUCACCAUGUAAUAUUACAAAAAACAAUACAACAAACAUUGAAGCAGCAAAAGUCAUGAAAGACAAUUGGACACCUCAAGGUAAUAAAUUAAAAACUAAUGAUCUUUAUCAGUUAAAAGAAAAGCCAAAAAUUAAAAAAAAAGCAGCAACAAUUUGUUGUGGCUCAUCUGGUAAUUGUAACAAGUCAUCAAAACAAAAUAGCAUGAUUUUUUUAUUACCUCAAAAAAGACAAUCAACAUUGAAUAAUAAUAAUCCAAUUGAUUAUCCAAGAUUUUGUGCACGUUCUAAUGUUGUUAAAAAUAAAAAUUAUUGUUCUGGAAAAUUACUAUCAAAUUAUCAUAAUAAUUGUAAUAAUAUUUGUUCAAUUGUACGUGAAAAUUCAAGAGCAAUUGCUGAUAUUUUUGGAGCAUCAAGUCAUCAAAAAUAUUGUGAACCUUACAUUUAA